AUGUCACUCGCACUCGCUCACACGCCUCUAGCAGCGUGCCUCCGCUCUGCGCGCGCUUUCGCUCUUACACCAUGCGCUAGGAACUCUCUCGCCCGCUCUCACCUCCGUUUACACCCCUCCCCUCCGCUCCCAAGCAAAAGUCUGCCCUCGUUCCCCAUCUUAUACACGCCCCCUUAUUCUCCACACCAUUCUGGUGUGUUGCGAUCACACCCCCACACCCUCCAUAACAUAACAGUUUACACACAAUGGGCGCUGGUACCUUACUCUGUUCUCCAUCCUGGCCUGGUCACUCAAUCCCAUCUUUCUUACCCUGAACCCCUGCCCGCCGUCUGGACUUACCUCCAUGUAGUGUAG